GUUCCUUUGCUUGCAUUUAACAACACGAUGGAAUUCUGUAAACAUACCAUUAUAGUGUUAGCGUUUGUCAACAUUGCGCUCUCUGUUAUACCCGAAUGUCAUGGUUACUCAAACGAAGCUGAGGCACAGAACGAAGUGAUUCGCGAUCUUAGGGAUGAUAUGGACGAUAUUAAUUCCGUCGUUCGUCUACUGGCAAAACAAAAUAUAGAAUAUGCAGAGAAAAUUCAGAAGAUCGAGUCUAUCUUAAAGCAAUGUUAUUGCCCAGAGAGGAAUGAAAAUCCAGUAAAUGGUGACGAUUUUGAGAAGAAAAUUUCGAAACCAAUUCUUGGCAACAUCUCAGGAUUCGAAAGUCAAGAUGGACACAGAGAUAUAAAGAUGAUGGAGAUACCAAUGGAAGAACGAUCUAGCAUAAGGCAAUCGAGACUUUUAACAGGUGACACUUUACCAAAGACCGCUUUCUAUGCGACGCUACAACACGAUUUACUGCACCAUCCUCGCUCUACCGUAGUUAAAUUUCCACGUGUAAUCACCAAUGUUGGAAAUGCCUAUAGUCCACAUACGGGUAUUUUCACUGCAUUCAAUGCUGGUACCUUCGCAUUUUCUAUUACGUUUACUGUACCACGUCAGAGCUCUGGGUACUUAACGGUCGUGAAAAAUAGUGACACGCUUAUCAGCAUCGGGGAAGAUGAAACAGCACAGUAUGAAGUGAUUUCAGGAACUGUUGUUGUGCAUUUGAAUUCCCACGACUCUGUCUAUGUCAAAACAAGUGGAAUAAAAAGCACAUCUUUAGUUCAAAAUGCAGCAUCUUCCACAACUUUCAGUGGCUGGGAAAUCUGAGAUCGUAUACAUAUGGUACAGUACGAGGAUGCAUGAUUAAAAAUCAAUUCUACAAA